AAAAAAAAAACUCACUGGCCGAUAGGCAACUCGGCAUCGCUUGUGGAACCCUCAUCGUCGUCCCCAUCUCCUCCUCUCCUCUCCCAAAUAUCUCGCCCAUUCCUCCUCCCCUUCCCCUUCCCCAAACCCUUCUCCCUCCCCUCUCUCAAUGCCCACGUCGUCGGCGGCGAUCAUUAGCCGGCCGGAGGAGCUGACGGAGCGGCUGAGCUCCGGCGGCGGCACCCCCACGGGCGGCGGGGGCGACGGCGGAGGGGAGGAGGAGGAGGCGGCGCUGGUGAGGGCGAUUAGGGAGGUGAAGAACCAGAUAAUCGGGAACAAGACGAAGAAGCUCCUCUACCUCGAGCUCGGUGCCGUCCCCAAAAUCGCCGCCGCCCUCGUCUCCCCUGCCGCCUCCGCCGCUCUCCUCGUCCAGGCCGCCGCCGCCGUCGGCAGCUUCGCCUGCGGGGUCGAGGACGGGCGCCUCCUCUCUCACCCGGAAGAGAAGGUUGUGGAUGCAGCUGCACGCUCUCUUAAGAUGAUAUUUCAAUCAACUGUAGCACCAAAAUAUGAUGUUCUUCAAGAGAAAAACAUGAAUUUUCUUCUUUCCCUUCUGAAUAGUGAGAAUGAAAAUGUAACUGAAUUGGCUGCCACUAUUAUUACACACUCUUGUCAGAGAAAUGCUGAACAAAUGGCACUUGCUGAUGCUGGUGUUCUGCAGCGACUCACCAGUCUACUAGGAGGUUUUCUAAAUCAACGGGAUGCUUGCCUACAAUCUAUUACAGCAAUUGUAAAGAACAACUCCAAAGUUGCUUCUAAAUUUGUUAUUAUGGCCAAUGGAAAAGCGUUUAAUUCAUUAGUCGAGUUGAUGAAGGAUAGGAACCCACGGACAAGAUUGCUUGCCUGUGUAUGCUUGAUUGCUAUUGGGAACUCUUAUCCUUAUUUUUUUCGAGAUAUACAAACUAAGACCAAGAUGAUUCUCAUCCUACUUGAGCUUCUUGAAGAACAUGGUCGAGUUGGGGAUGAGGCCCCAUCAGUAUUGACAAAUCUCAUUGCAGAUAAUGAGGAAUUGCAUAAACAAGCUGUUUCAAAUAAUGCUGUCGAGAAGCUUUGCAACUUUUUGGGUAAGAGCCCAAUAGAAGCCCGGCGCCUCGAGGGAGUAUUGCUUGCAUUAGCCGAACUGUGCUCGAAGUUAGAGAACUCCAGAUCUCUGCUCAUGUCAUUGCAGGUUUCACACUUAAUUGUUGAUGCACUGAAGCACGAUAAUGCUGAUGUUCGUGUUGCAGCUUGCACCUGUAUAAAGAACAUUUUUCGCUCGCUAAAGAACCUUAGCGCGGGCAAUUUUUCCAGUGACUCUAUUGUUGUUACCUUAAUCCAGCUUUUGCAUGAUCGAUGUACUUCUGUACAGUUUGCUGCCCUUGGUGCUAUUUGCAAUGUGUCUGUCAAUUUUACCACUAGAAAAUCUUCCUUUUUUCAAUAUGGAGGUGUCUCGCAGCUUAUUCAAUUAUCCAAGUCUAUGGACUCAAUACUGAGGUUGAAAUCUGUGUCGGCUCUUCGGAAUCUUAUGUUCCUUCUAGAUAGAAAGGAUAAAGACAACAUUCUUAUUGAGCUAUCUGUACCUAUGCUAAUGAGCCUGAUAUGUGAUGAUGAACAUCUUAUUCAAGAGCAGGCCUUGACACUAGUCGGCAACUUCGUCGAUGGAUGUGGUGACUCUAUAAAGCAUCUCUUUGCUGAAGACAACGAAAUUCUAAAUGUUAUUUCGAGACAAUUAUGCAAUUCAUGUGCUCCUGGAGUAUGUAUACAGGGCAUGUUUGCACUUAGCAAUAUUGCAGCUGUGAAUGAAUCCCUUAAAGCAGCUGUUAUGAAUUGUGUCAUUCCGCCAGAAACAGAUAACAGUACCCCUUUGUUUAUCCUCAAAUUUCUGCAGAACAAGGAUAAGUCAUUGCGGGUGGCCUCCUUGUGGUGUAUACUGAACCUGGUUUACCCAGGCUGCGAGAGCUCCUCUUCCAGAAUUGCAAGACUAAAGGACGUUGGAAUAAUUUCUCAAUUAAAUACUAUGGUCAACGAUCCCUGCUUGGAUUGCAAGCUUCGGGUAAGGAUGGUGCUAGAGAAGUGUUUGGAUAUCAAAAAUAGUCAGAACGAUCAGUAAUGUCAGCUGAAGUUCUGCUUCGUAAAGCCAGCUGUGAAAGAGUGACCUGAGAUGCUGGAGAAAACAUUAGUUGGCGAUACACAUUUUUGUGUGGGAAAAAAAUAGCCAGCACUUUGAGAGGUUUUGUAUGAACUUAAGCAUCGAAGCAUCUCCUCCUUCAUCCGGGUUUUCGCUGGAAGUGAUGAGGGACUUCGAAAGGUUUCCUAUGAACUUUAGCAUGAACGCAUCAUAGACUUCAUCUGGGUUUAUAACAGAAGAGAGCUUUCGAAGAUCAGCUUCACUUUAUCCCACUUUCCGUUAUUUGUCGAUGUUCUUUUGUAUUUCUUGAUCGAAGUUUUGACUGGAACUUUAUGGAUGAGAUGCUAAAAUGGCACUUGCCGCCAUCUUGUUGUUUCUGUUUUCGUGUUGUAAAUGUCUGGAACUAUGGGACCGAAGGAAUACUCGUCCAGAGGAGUACUCACUGCAUAAUUGUAAAUUAUCUUUGCUGAAUGCACUGAUUGUGCUGACAAGAAGUGCGGACCAUCAGAUCCUAAGUCUUGAUUGGUUUCAGAUUUGUAAAUUUGAUUUUGUGCAGAAGAAGGCGAACCUGUAAUCUGUUCAAACCUGAUGUGGACAACUGAACAUCCACGCAGAGCGUACUGAUCUUUUCUCUGUGUUGUGGUAUGUCAGCAUGUUAAACUCUCUCAAUUAGAGCAGUAAAAGAAUCUGAUAAACACUUUGUUCCUCAUUAAGGAAAUUCAUGGGUUGUAGGAUCUGAGUGAAUC